CUGGGCUGGCUGCUGCCUUCUGCCCCCUUGCUUGUUGCUUGCUGCUUGCUGCUUGCGCCUCUUUCUUCAUCUUCAACCCUCCGCUGUCACUUCCUCCAUUCUUCACUUCAAUCUCAUCACUCACAACCAUAAUUUUUGCGCGCGUCUUCAUCGCCAUCUCUUCUCUACAAAUUCGUUCUUCUUGAUUUCGUCGACUGCAAAAUUUCGACUCUUUCCGAUAAGUUCAACCGCUCUCUUCAACCUCUCUUGACUCGCGCGACUGCUUCUGCAUCUCAUACACACCUUUGCACUCUCACCUUCGAACCGUCACUUUACCACAUUCAAGAUGUCUGGCCGGCUAGAUCAAUCUCUCGAUUCCAUCAUCGAUAGCCAGAAGAAGGCGAAGCGCGAAACCCGCCAACGCAAGGUCAGAAAGCCAACUGGUACAGCUGCUCCCGUUGGUGGUGUCAAGAAGACAUCAAGGCCAGUCAAGUCAGCAAUCAAGCCCACCGCAGGCGCCUUGACUCAAGCCAAAUCAAGCAAGAUUGUCGUCAGUGGACUGCCAUUCGACGUCAACGAAGCCCAGAUCAAGGAAUACUUCACCAAAUCUGUUGGCAAGGUCAAGAAAGUCUCUCUGCAAUACAAUCAGACUGGUCAGAGCCGUGGAAUCGCCGACAUCGUCUUCCUCCAGCCAGACUCCGCGGCCAAAGCAGCAAAAGAUCUCAAUGGAAUGCUCGUUGACAAGCGACCAAUGAAGAUCGAAGUGGUUGUGGAUGCAAGCAGGAUUCCUGAACCAAAACAAGCCAAAUCUCUUGCGGAUCGUGUUGCGUACGCAAACCCAAAACGCUCGACCAAGUCAGAACCACUGACCAAAACCAGCGCCAAUCCAAAAGCUCAACCAAAGUCAGCCACCACGGUCAAGAAAGCCGAUGCGAAGAACGGCGCCAAAGGACCGGUUGCUGGCGGCCGCAACCGCAAGCGACAAGGUCGCAACCCUCGACCUAAGGCAAAGACCGCUGAAGAGCUCGAUGCCGAGAUGACCGACUACUGGGGAGGCAACAACCCUGCCGCAGGUGCAGCUCCCGCCGAGGCCACCGCCACCAAUGGUGCAGCUGCUCCCGCAGCCACCGCAGGCGACGACAUGGUGGACGAAAUUUCAGUGAGCGAUGUCGAAUUCAUCUGCUAAUCGUGUUUGGACUGACACCCGUAUCAGUGAACACCCAUGGUCGAAGACAGUAUCAGCCAGGUUAUUCAUACUUACCACAGUUCCCAACCAUAACACCUACGCUUUUACGUGCUGUGUCGAAACCACUGCACCUGGACACGAACUCCGAUCGACCCGUAUGCUUUCAUUCAAUCAGACUGUUUUGCUAGUUUUGGGCCGAGGAUGGAUUGCAGGGCCAAUGAAACUGGGAAGGAACGACAAAUUGAAUUGGGCUUGAUUGCAUUGCUAUUUCUUAGUUGAUACAGUAUUCCAUCAGUGAGCAUGGGAACAGGGCGGUCAUUGAACUUAGGCGAGAUAACUCAGCAAGAAUAGUUGCAUUGUAAUAUCAAAACAUUGCGAAACAAA